AUGGGUUCCGAUGUGGGUAUAUUCUGGCGUGCGCUCCGACAUGGGUCAGGUGACGGUGUGGGUGGGUAUGGUGGCGUGGUGGGUUGCAGUGAGCUAGGUUGUGGCAAGGUGGGUCAUGGCGAGCUAGGUCGUGGCAAGGUGGGUCAUGAUAGAGCAAGAUCUGGCACCAUAGUGCUACCUUCUGGUGCUGGAAAGUCUCUAGUUGGUGUCUCUGCAGCUUGCCGAAUAAAAAGCAGCUGCCUUUGCUUAGCAACAAAUGCUGUUUCUGUCAAUCAGUGGGCUUUCCAGUUCAGGCUAUGGUCAACCAUCCGAGAAGAUCAAAUCUGUCGUUUCACAUCUGAUAGCAAAGAAAGAUUCCGCGAUAAUGCUGGGGUGGUUGUGACAACAUAUAACAUGGUUGCUUUUGGUGGUAAACGGUCUGAAGAAUCUGAAAAGAUCAUUGAAGAGAUAAGAAAUAGAGAAUGGGGUUUGCUUCUUAUGGAUGAGGUGCAUGUGGUUCCUACUCACAUGUUUCGAAAGGUCAUUAGUAUCUCUAAAUCUCACUGCAAACUUGGGCUCACUGCCACUCUUGUUAGAGAGGAUGAAAGGAUUACCGAUCUGAAAUUUCUCAUUGGGCCGAAAUUGUAUGAAGCAAACUAGUUGGAUCUAGUAAAAGGUGGAUUUAUUGCAAAUGUACAGUGUGCUGAAGUAUGGUGUCCAAUGACAAAGGAGUUUUUUGCUAAAUAUUUGAAGAAAGAAAACUCCAAGAAAAAGCAAGUUUGCCUGGUUUACAAAUACUUCAUUUUUGUUUUCUCUUCAUGCAAACUAUUUCUUAAUUGGAAAUCAGGGAUGGAUGUAUGUAUUAUUCUGCAUCAUGUCAAUUCUUCUUCAUGUAAUGCUUUUAUUUGCUGCUGUUA